UUCUUUGUGUCCCGGAGCUGGGGGACUUCCCUUUGCAAACAGGCGACAGGCCAGCGCCGGGGGCUCCCCUGGUCUUUGCAAUGCCCCCAACUUUGCAAUUUGCAAGGGAAUGUCGGCUGCAAAGAGUUAUUUAAGUGGAAGUUGUGGCCCGCUGCAGAAGCAAGAAAUCAUGGCCCAAGUAGCGAUGUCCACACUGCCUGCUGAAGAUGAGGAGUCUUCAGAGAGCAGGAUGGUGGUGACGUUCCUCAUGUCUGCCCUGGAGUCCAUGUGUAAAGAGCUGGCCAAGUCCAAGGCCGAGGUGGCUUGCAUUGCUGUGUAUGAGACGGACGUGUUUGUUGUUGGAACUGAAAGAGGACGUGCUUUUGUCAACACCAGAAAAGAUUUCCAAAAGGAUUUUGUAAAAUAUUGUGUCGAAGAAGAGGAAAAGGCUGCGGAGAUGCAUAAGAUGAAAUGUACAACCCAGGCGAAUCGGAUGAGCGUGGAUGCUGUGGAAAUUGAAACCCUCAGAAAGACGGUGGAGGAUUACUUUUGCUUUUGCUAUGGGAAAGCUUUGGGCAAAUCCACAGUGGUCCCUGUGCCGUAUGAGAAGAUGCUGCGUGACCAGUCGGCUGUGGUGGUCCAGGGGCUUCCCGAGGGGGUUGCCUUCAAGCACCCUGAGCAUUACGACCUUGCAACCUUGAAGUGGAUUUUGGAGAACAAGGCAGGGAUCUCCUUCAUCAUUAAGAGACCUUUCCUUGAGCCGAAGAAACACCUUGGUGGUCGAGUGAUGGCAGCAGAUGCCGAGAGGCCCAUCCUGUCUCCUGGUGGAAGUUGUGGCCCCAUCAAAGUGAAAACGGAACCCACAGAAGAUUCUGGCAUUUCUCUGGAAAUGGCUGCUGUGACAGUAAAGGAGGAGUCAGAAGACCCCGAUUACUAUCAGUAUAACAUUCAAGGCCCUUCUGAAACUGAUGAUGUUGAUGAAAAGCUCCCCCUUUCGAAGGCUUUGCAAGGAAGCCAUCAUUCUUCAGAAGGCAACGAAGGAACGGAAGUGGAGGUGCCAGCGGAAGAUUCUACUCAACAUGUCCCUUCAGAAACAAGUGAGGACCCUGAAGUUGAGGUGACUAUUGAAGAUGACGAUUACUCUCCACCCACCAAGAGGCCAAAGAGCAGUGAGCCGCCCCCGCCUCCGCCAGUCCCGGAGCCCACCAACGCUGGCAAGCGCAAAGUGAGGGAAUUCAACUUUGAGAAAUGGAACGCGCGCAUCACUGACCUACGGAAACAAGUUGAAGAGUUGUUCGAAAGAAAAUAUGCUCAAGCUAUAAAAGCCAAAGGUCCGGUGACGAUCCCAUACCCUCUUUUCCAGUCCCAUGUUGAAGAUCUUUAUGUGGAAGGGCUUCCCGAAGGGAUCCCUUUCAGAAGGCCGUCGACGUACGGCAUUCCCCGCCUGGAGAGGAUACUGCUGGCCAAGGAGCGCAUCCGCUUCGUCAUUAAGAAGCACGAGCUUCUGAACUCAACACGGGAAGAUUUGCAGCUUGAUAAGCCAGCAUCAGGAGUAAAGGAAGAGUGGUAUGCUCGGAUCACCAAAUUGAGGAAGAUGGUUGACCAGCUUUUCUGCAAGAAAUUUGCUGAAGCGUUGGGGAGCACUGAAGCCAAGGCUGUACCAUACCAAAAAUUUGAGGCACAUCCCAAUGACCUCUAUGUGGAAGGACUUCCGGAGAACAUCCCUUUCCGCAGCCCUUCGUGGUAUGGCAUCCCACGGCUGGAAAAAAUCAUCCAAGUGGGCAACCGGAUUAAGUUUGUUAUCAAACGACCCGAACUUCUGACUCACAGUGCGACUGAAGUGACUCAGCCACGGACGAAUACUCCAGUCAAAGAAGAUUGGAAUGUCCGGAUCACCAAGCUCCGCAAGCAAGUGGAAGAGAUCUUUAAUCUGAAGUUUGCUCAAGCUCUCGGCCUCACAGAGGCAGUGAAGGUGCCGUACCCCGUGUUCGAGUCGAAUCCGGAGUUUCUGUAUGUAGAAGGGCUCCCUGAAGGGAUCCCCUUCCGAAGCCCCACCUGGUUUGGGAUUCCCCGCCUUGAGAGGAUUGUCCGAGGGAGCAAUAAGAUCAAGUUUGUUGUUAAAAAGCCCGAGCUAGUUGUAUCUUACUUGCCUCCUGGGAUGGCUAGCAAAAUCAACACUAAAGCACUGCAGUCCCCAAAACGACCACGAAGCCCUGGGAGUAACUCCAAGGUUCCUGAGAUCGAGGUCACUGUGGAGGGCCCCAACAACAACAGCCCUCAGACCUCCACAGUUCGGACUCCUACCCAGACCAACGGUUCAAAUGUUCCCUUCAAGCCUCGAGGGAGAGAGUUUUCCUUUGAGGCCUGGAACGCUAAGAUCACAGACCUGAAGCAGAAAGUGGAAAAUCUUUUCAAUGAGAAAUGCGGCGAAGCGCUCGGCCUGAAACAGGCAGUGAAAGUGCCGUUUGCGUUAUUCGAGUCCUUCCCGGAAGACUUCUAUGUAGAAGGCUUACCCGAGGGGGUGCCCUUCCGAAGACCGUCCACAUUUGGCAUUCCACGGCUGGAGAAGAUCCUCCGGAACAAGGCCAAGAUCAAGUUCAUCAUUAAGAAACCUGAGAUGUUCGAGACGGCCAUCAAAGAGAGCACUUCUUCCAAAAGCCCUCCCAGGAAGAUAAACUCAUCGCCGAACGUUAAUACUACUGCAUCAGGUGUGGAAGACCUUAACAUCAUCCAGGUGACGAUUCCAGAUGACGAUAACGAACGCCUGUCCAAAGUUGAGAAGGCCAGGCAGCUGCGCGAGCAAGUCAACGACCUCUUCAGCCGUAAGUUUGGUGAAGCUAUUGGCAUGGGCUUCCCUGUGAAGGUUCCCUACAGGAAAAUCACCAUCAACCCCGGCUGCGUGGUGGUGGAUGGCAUGCCCCCCGGCGUGUCCUUCAAAGCCCCCAGUUACCUGGAGAUCAGCUCCAUGAGGAGGAUCUUAGAUUCUGCAGAGUUUAUCAAGUUCACUGUCAUUAGACCAUUUCCAGGACUUGUGAUUAAUAACCAGCUGGUUGAUCAGAAUGAAUCGGAAGGUCCUGUGAUCCAAGAAUCAGCCGAGACAAGCCAGUUGGAAGUCCCAGCAACGGAAGAAAUUAAAGAAACAGAUGGGAGCUCACAGAUCAAGCAGGAGCCAGACCCUACGUGGUAG